AUGCCACCUCGACCCUCAACGUCUCUGCGAUCCCUCACCUCGAGCCGAUUCGCCAGCACAUCUUCCAUCCCUUCUUCCUCUUCCACACCCAUAUCAGCCAGUACCAGUACGAUCCCACCCCAAGAUCCCAAUCGUAUAUACACCGCCCGAAAGACAUUCUUAUGGAACUUCUACUCCCACUUGAUCGAGAAUUCCAACUUGGUAUUAGUGUACGAUCAUUCGAAUCUCACUGCAGCCGAAUGGUCUAAAAUUCGUCGAUCAAUCGCAUCUAUACCCCUUCCACAGAAACCUUAUAAUCCCCUCUCACCCCCUACAGAAGAAGGCAAACCUGAAUUGAUAGAGAAAGCAAGCUUGAAUGUAGUCAGAACAGGUGUUUUAGCUUCUUUGUUAUCGAAAUCAAAUUCACCUCUUAUCACCUCUUCAACUUCGGGAGAAGAUCAAAUCUUAGUCGGUCAAAGAGCCUUGUUAAGUUGUCCUUCUCUAUCUCCCACAUACCUCAAUAAAAUCCUUACGACAAUGAACAAAACCCUCAAGGGACUCAAGAGGGAAAAUACACCAGAUGAAAAACAACCUUCACUCAAGUUGAUUUCGGGAUUGUUGGAAAAUAAACAUAUCUACAAUGAAAAACAAUUACAGACAGAAAUCUCCAAAUUACCAGAGCUGGAUGUUCUUCGAUCACAACUUGUUGGAUUACUUCAAGCUCCACAGAGUCAAUUGGUAGGAGUUUUGAAUCAAGCGAGAGGUGGACAGUUGGUCAGGACGCUACAAGGGCUGGAAGAGGGUUUGAAAGGUGAAAGCGACGGUGGUAAAGAUGAGAAGAGUGCUUAG